UUGGGCACACUGGCAAUUUGUUAUUGAAAAAUAGUAUUAAAUAAUAAUAACAAUAUGUCUUCGGAGGGUGAAUUACACCCUAAGAGUCGCCAACGACGAAAACCGACUAUUUGGAGCCGCGAAAAGAUAUCAAAGCUCAUUGAGCUUUACCGCGACUCAGAUUGUUUAUGGAAUCACUUUUCGGAACGAUAUAAAAAUAAAGACUGUCGCUCAAAGGCCAUCGAACACAUCUGUACCACGCUCGGGAUUACAAAGAACGAUUACGGAAAGAAGGUGCACAACCUGCGCAACCAGUUCAAUUCAGAGUUAAAGAAGUUGGAACGGCGCCUGGAAGAAUCCGGUGGCUCCAGUUCCAGUCAGCUCCCCGAGAAGACUUGCCGCUGGGAGCACUUCAAAACUCUGAUGUUCCUGCGCUCCGUGAUCGAACCCCGGCCAGGAUAUCAGCAAAGUUCACAGUGCAAGAAAGUAGCUAAGCUGGAUUACAGCUACACAGACCACGACGAAGACGUGGGAAAACCAACCCAAACUUCAGUUGAGAGCUUGGAAUCAAUAAUCAUAGAGGCUGUCAUUGAAAGCGAGGAGAUAGAAAAGGUCGAUGAACCGAAACCAAAACCUAUUCCCUUAGUCCCGAGUCGGCUGGCAGAACAACCUGCUAUUGUGACAACCGUUCCAGUCCGGGAUCAGUGGGAUGCCUUCGGGGAGCUAAUCGCCUGUGAGUUCCGCAACCUUAACUCGGAGCUUUCGCGAAAGCGGCUGAAAAGGAAAAUAAUGCAAGUUAUGCUGGAGAUCGGCGAAGAGGAUGAUCUGGAAUGUGCCGGUCCAAACAGUUGAUUUCUAGGACUGAAUAAGAUAAUAUUUUUAUGUACAUAUAUUUACAUUUGUAACCGUUCGAAUUUAAAUACUAAAAAAAUAAGGUAUAGAAGUAUCUGAUUGGCAGACCUCCCAGCUAUUUGGU